CCGUCGGUCUGUCUGUGCAGAAUCGUGUCCGGGCCAUAACUUCUUUGCUCUUUGACAUAGGCAUACCAUAUUUGGCACACAGGUGGAUCACCAUGAGAUGAUGUGUCGAGUACCUUCAUGACCUUGACCUCAAGGUCAAAAUUAAAGGUUUUUUUUUUUUCAAAUGGAUUCAUGUCCGGGCCAUAGCUUCUUUGUUCUUUGACAUAGGCAUACCAUAUUUGACACAUGAGUGUAUCAUCAUGAGACGAUGUGCCAUGACCUCUAUAUGACCUUGACCUCAAGGUCAAAAUUAAAGGUUUUGUACAAUGGAUUCGUGGUCGGGCCAUAACUUCUUUGUUCUUUGACAUAGGCAUACCAUAUUUGACACGUGAGUGUAUCACCAUGAGACGAUGUGUCAGAUACCUUCAUUACCUCUAUAUGACCUUGAACUUUGACCUCAAGGUCAAAAUUGAUUGUAGGGUUUUUACAUAGUCAUACCAUAAGACAUGGGUGUAUCACCAUGAGACCAUGUGUCAUGUACAUUCAUGACCUCUUAAUGACAUUGACCUUUGAUCUCAAGGUCAAAAUUAUAGGUCUAUACCAUGGAUUUGUGUUCGGACUAUGUCUUCCAUUUCCUUCUACAAAGGCAUACCAUAUUUUUACACUCAGGAAAGAGGUAAUUUAUACCUAUUAACAACACCCUUUGGGAGAUUGGGGUAAGUGGGGGGUAUUCUUAGUGAGCAUUGCUCACAGUACUUCUUGUUGCAUUUGAUCACCAUGAUAAGAGGAAGAUGCCUAAUGUUUUUCAAGGUUGGAGGUCAAAGAUCAAGGUCACAGUAUCAUUUAGUAGGAAACCUUGUAGGUAGGAUAUAAACCAAGCUGUAAGCUCCAGUAUAUUGCAACUUGGUACAUUUGAACACCAUAAUGAGAGGAAGCUGCUUAAUGUUUUUCAAGGUUAGGGGUCAAAGGUCAAGGUUGCAGUAUCACAGUAGGAAGAUCUUGUAGGCAGGAUACAAACUGAACCAUAAGCUCCAAAAUAUUGCAAGUUGUACAUUUGAUCACCAUAAUGAGAGGAAGAUGUCUAUUAUUUUUCAAGGUCAAAGGUCAAUGUCACAGUAUCUCUUAGUAGGAAAACCUUGUAGGCAGUAUACUAACUGAACUGUUGGGGCUAGUACUGUCAAAUAUUGUACACAUAUUUAAGGUCAAUGGUCAUAAGGUUGUAGUAGCAGGAUGCAGACUGGUUCUUUGGGGCAAACACCAUCAAACUUGAUACACGUACAUCUUAUGCCAAGUGAAAAUAUUACAUAGAGAGUACAUGAUUUGUCUGUUUUUACAAUGCAAAGAAAGUAUGUCACACCCUGAUGAUUGCUAGCUGACACUACUUGAAGCCAAAUUCUACAAAUCAUGGUGUAAGAAAAACACCCUAAUAUUAGCUUUUCACGGAUGUAUUAUGCACCAUUGGCAGUACUCUUGUUCUUCAUCGUAUUGUUUUCUAUGAAUAUGUGCAACAUUUAUAUGUUGUAAUUUAAAAAAAAUCAAUUUAACAGCCAUAUUGUUUCAAUUGGCAAUCCUCAGAUAUAUCCACAUGCUCAGUUGUGCGAGUUAUAUGAGCUAUGCAAGAAGCUGAUGUUUAAAUGUUAGGACAGAGAUAUGAUGCUGACUAGAGAUCACCUUAGAUGGCCUGUUAUUUAUAAUAUUUCUGCAUAUUGAAAAUAAAUCUUGAUACUGAGCCAUUUCUCCAAUUUUAACUGCAAUUUCAAUAUAUUUGCAUGUUAGUAUAUUUUGAUGUUGCCUAUUAUCCAAAAUAAAUUGUUCCUUACCAGAAUUGGAUAUUCAAAAGGUAUAGUUGUGUCUUUAGAGGACUUAAAUGAAAAAUCGUCUAAGUACAUGUAUCUUGAAUCCCACUUUUUUGUCUAAUUACAAACAUGAAUACUGCUGAAUUGAAGUGGACCACAAAUGGAGAGUAGGGGGUUUCAAGGAGAGCAUUCUGGCUCAGUAUUAUGUGUGGAUGUCUUGGAAGAUGUAGUUGUCUCGGGUGGAGAAAAUGGAGAAUUGUGCCAGUGGAACAUAGAGGGAAAAUUAAUUAGCAAGUACACAGAGAGUGAAUCCGCCUGCACCUCAGUGCUUAUCUCAAAGGUGAAGAAAGAUGUCAUUUACACCUCGUUCGAUGAUAAAGUGAAGGUAUUCAUCAGAGUAGAUUUUACAGCUCCACUGGAUACUUUCUCCUACAAUUCGGAUGAAAUCAAUCAAAUUGCGGUGGAUGAAAAAGAGAAAUAUUUGGCUGCCAGUGAUGACAUGGGAGAAAUUAAAGUUAUUGAUUUGAGCGAGAAGAAACUAUACAAAACACUCAAAAACAAGCACACAAAUAUCUGUGCAUCUGUUUGUUUUAGACCUCAGAAACCAUGGGAACUCUUUACAGGUGGUUUAGAUUCCAAGUUGAUUCACUGGGACUUUUCUCGCCACAAGUGCCUAAAUAUGUUCGACAUGGAUGAAAUGAAUAAUCCAUUCGAAACAGCAGAUUCAUACAUGGUCAGUCCCCCCUUUGUCCACCACGUGGCUUCCAGUCCCGAUGGGAAGUAUUUGGUGGCAGCACUUGAGAAUGGGCUGAUAGCAGUGUUUGACAGUGCUAGGAAACACCUUAGAGAGCUCUUCAAUCUUCACACUCAUACACAGGGUGUUUCCCAAGUUUAUUUUUUGACAGAAGAUAAGUUUGUUUCAGGAGGAAAUGACUGUUGCAUUGCAUUAUGGGACUUAUCCAAAUCACAUGAUCACCCAGAACUGGCUUUACCCACAAAUUCUCAUGUUACCAAUGGAACUUCCAAUGAUGACGAUAGCAUGCCAGAUCCACUGGAAACAAAAACCCAAACAAUGACUGACACAUGUCUUACUAAUAAGAUUCAGCACACUGGAAAAAUCAACUGGAUGAAACCUUUUUAUAGAGAACAAUGGAAGAUAAUUGUUGCCGAUGAAUCUAACCAAUUAACAUUGAAGGUUUUAGAUAUGAAUUAAUUUAUCUAUAGAUAUACUGGGGAACUUUUGUGUUGUAGUUUGGAAAAUGCAUGUAUGUCCUGGUUUGAAACCUGUAGAUCUAUGGAUUUGCAGAUGCCUUUCUAAUUGUGGUAAGAAUAAUAAAUGAUGUGUCACAUUUUUCACCGACA